AGCAAAAGGUCUCCUUGGCAGAGGGGCCCAGAGGAAGAGGACCAAGAGGAAGAGGAGGAGGAGGAAGAAGGAAGCACAAUGAGCGAGGAGCAGGACCUUUCAGAGGUCGAGUUGAGCCCAGUGGGCUCCGAAGACCCCAGAUGCCUGUCCCCCGGAGGUCCCUCCAUGGGGCCGGAUGGCUCGGCCCUCCAUGCCAGCCCUGGGCCCGGGGAGCUGGGCAAGGUGAAGAAGGAGCAGCAGGAUCCCGAGGUGGACGACGACAAAUUUCCCGUAUGCAUCCGGGAGGCUGUCAGCCAGGUGCUCAGUGGCUACGACUGGACCCUGGUGCCCAUGCCCGUCAGAGUCAACGGGAGCAGCAAGAGCAAGCCUCAUGUGAAGCGGCCCAUGAACGCCUUCAUGGUGUGGGCACAGGCUGCCCGGAGGAAACUGGCCGACCAGUACCCGCACCUCCACAACGCAGAGCUCAGCAAAACCCUGGGGAAGCUGUGGAGGUUGCUGAAUGAGAGCGACAAGAGACCCUUUAUCGAGGAGGCUGAGCGCCUGAGGAUGCAGCACAAGAAGGACCAUCCCGACUACAAAUACCAGCCCCGGCGCAGGAAGAAUGGGAAGGCGGCCUCGGGGGAGGGGGAGGCUCCUGGCGAGGGAGAGCCUGGUGGGGCGGCCGCCAUCCAGGCGCACUACAAGAACUCCCACCUGGACCACCGGCACCCCGGCGAGGGCUCCCCGAUGUCCGACGGCAACCCAGAGCACUCCUCAGGCCAGAGCCAUGGCCCUCCCACCCCUCCGACCACCCCAAAGACAGAGCUGCAGUCAGGCAAGGCAGACUCAAAGCGAGAUGGGCGCUCUCUGGGGGAGAGCGGGAAGCCCCACAUCGACUUCGGAACCAUGGACAUUGGUGAGAUCAGCCACGAGGUGAUGUCCAACAUGGAGACCUUCGACGUGGCCGAAUUUGACCAAUAUCUGCCACCCAAUGGACACGCCGGCCACCCCGGUCAUGUGGGGGGCUAUGCCACGGCCGGUUACGGGCUAGGCAGUGCUCUGGCAGUGGCCAGCGGACACUCGGCUUGGAUCUCCAAGCCGCCCGGUGUGACCCUGCCUGCCACCUCGCCUCCUGGUGUGGAUGCCAAGGCCCAGGUGAAGACGGAGGCCUCGGGCCCCCCGGGUCCCCCACACUAUGCAGACCAGCCAUCCACCUCCCAGAUCGCUUACACCUCCCUCAGCCUGCCCCACUAUGGCUCUGCCUUCCCUUCCAUCUCUCGCCCCCAGUUCGACUACUCUGACCACCAGCCCUCAGGACCGUACUACGGCCACUCGGGCCAGGCCUCUGGCCUCUACUCAGCCUUCUCCUACAUGGGGCCCUCUCAGCGGCCACUCUACACGGCCAUCUCUGACCCCAGUCCCUCAGGGCCUCAGUCCCACAGCCCCACGCACUGGGAGCAGCCUGUGUAUACGACGCUCUCCAGACCCUAGAGGGGUGCUGGGACCCCACUGCGAGGCCCUUCAGGAGGCUGCAGCCCUCGACCCUCUCAGCCAUCAGCCACAGAACUGGAGGGGGCUGUGGAGGCACCUUCCUUCUAAGGGAGGCUCUCUCCAUCCCUCUCCCCUCGAAUGCUGUCCCCACUCGUCUCCCCUGGUCUAGACGAGGCCUGUCCACUCAGGACCUCGGUGGGACACUCUUCUUUUGGCCUGUCAUAUCUGUAGCCCAGCUCCUUUUGAGACAGUCCUUCUUCCUUCCUUCUGGACUACAGACUUUGCUUAUCUCCAUCGGGGAGGGAGGAUGCCUGUCCUGGACCCCACAUAGCCCUGCGGUACCAGCCCAAUACUCAGGGCUGCCCAAGGACCUGAGAACCUGACCACACAUGGCUGUGGGGGAGGUAGAGACCUUCUGAGGGCCUUGUGGGUUGGCCAUGUGUGCAAGGGGACAGAGGGAAGGAUCAUGGAGCCUCCCCCUUCCCCCCCAAACUGAUUAUACAUGGAGGAGGCAGUGGAGAGGGCCCUCUUGGGAUAGAUUCAGGACCAAUACCCUCGCUGCCUGGCUAAGCAAGGACAAGACUCCUAUCUGCCUUCCUUAGACUUUCUUUGCUAAAUUAACUGGGGGCUUCACCCCAAGCAGCGAUGGGAAAGAAGCCGCCAGGAAGGUGGGGAGAGGAUUUAGAAACAACUGAUGGGGGCCUUGCUAAUUGGUCACCCCUGCCCCUCCUUCCACACCUGCCCAACUAAGCUGCCCAUCCCACAUCCCCACAAUAGUCCCCACUUCCCUGCCCAGGUCCCAGACCUCUGGACUCCCAGACUGGAGAGGUCGGGCCAACCUGCCCGCAGACUUUGGCUCCCAGUCCCAGGGGAAGGCCAAGGCCCCUGUGGUCGGGCAGCCAGGACCUCCCUGAAGACACCAAAAUAUCGAUGUGUACAUUCUCCUCCCUCGUGCAUUGGCCCUAUCCCCCCGGCACCCUAGCCCUGACCCCAACCCAUGGUGUUUGAAGAAAGUAUGUAGCUAUGUCUGUCCCCCUGUGCCCAGGUCCCCAGCCCCCAUCCACGUAUAACACAUUAUUGCUCCCCUCCCCCUAUUUAUCUCAGUAGCCCCUUGCCUACUCCCCUGCCCAGUCCCUAUUAACUGCAUUAAGCGAUCCAGAAUAAUAAAAUUAAAGGUUUCAGUUACUGGCCU